AUGCCCUCCUCCGUUCGCAGGUCGCGUUUCAUGGACCCUGACCCUAAGCCCCUUCUGUCAAAUCCCUGUCUGCUAUAUACCCCUACUCAGAAAACCAACGCCCAGCUAAGCCUUGAGCGUAUAUUACAGGGAACCAACUAUGUCAGUGGGACAGUGCAGCCCAGAUCAGCUCUGAUCCCCAACACCCAAGCUCGUGAUGCCAAACCCCGGCUUCUUCUCAUGGGCCUUCGUCGGAGUGGGAAGUCUUCCAUUGCCAGUGUAGUCUUCCACAAAAUGCCUCCGAACGAAACGCUCUUCUUGGAAUCUACAACUCGAAUUCAAAAAGACUCCAUCCAUUCUUUUAUGGACUUCCAGGUCUGGGAUUUCCCCGGCCAACUGGAAUACCUUGAGCCAUCUUUCGACCUGGAGGACAUUUUCGGCAGCCUCGGCGCCCUGGUGUGGGUUAUCGAUGCCCAGGAUGACUACCUCGACUCCGUCGCGCGGUUGAACCGCACCAUCUUGACUGUCCAGCAAUACUACCCGGGUAUCAACAUCGAAGUUUUUAUCCACAAGGUCGACGGGCUUUCGGACGAGUACCGCACCGACACCUACCAGGAUAUCGUGCAGCGCAUCUCAGACGAACUGAGUGAUGCUGGGUACGAAAACGCACCUGUACACUACUAUCUCACCUCCAUCUACGACUACUCGGUCUUCGAGGCCUUCAGCAAAGUUAUUCAGAAAUUGAUCCCUAACUUGUCCACCCUCGAGAACUUGAUCAAUACGCUAGGUAACAACUGCGGCUUUGAAAAAACAUACCUCUUCGAUGUUCUCAGCAAGAUCUACAUCGCUUCUGACACUCGUCCCGUCGACAUGGCCUGCUACGAGAUGUGUUCCGACUAUAUCGAUGUCAUUGUUGAUAUCUCUGAGCUCUAUUCAUGGGACCACCCGGAACGCCGCCCCAAGGGAGAACAGAUUCAGGAGGCGGAGAGCCACGUGGUGUUACACGAUGAGACUAUGAUUCAUCUGAUGGAGAUGAACAAAUAUCUCUGUCUCGUUUCGGUCAUCCGCAAUCCGGAGGCAAAGGAGAAACGCGGUCUGAUCGAUUUGAAUUGUCGCACUUUCCAAGACGCUCUGAACGACGUUUUCUCUCGCAGCUGGGAACAGCUGGAGGAAGAGCAAGGUCAAAUUGAAGGCGGCGCCUCAACUUGA